AUGGCAGGGAAAAGCUACCCCCGAUUCGCCACACUGAUCCAGGCCAUGGUCACCCUCACCAACCCCACUGCACCGUCUCGUGGGACCUUCUUCCCCAAAACACCCUUGAAGCUCUUCUCUUUCAACACCGUCCGGGAUGGCUGUGGCCUUGAGUUUUACUUCAAAGCCAGUUUUUCCUUCAUAAUGAUUCCAAAGUUCGGUCGCAAGGGCGGCAACGGGCUUGCGUUUGUUGUUUCCGCGACGAGCAAGGUUGCCACUGGCGUCACCAGCGGUGUGGGUUAUGCAGGCAUGGAUCGGCGCAGCAUGGCAGUGGAGUUUGACACGUGGCAGGAUAAGGAGAACCGGGACACGAGCGCGAAUCAUGUCGGCAUCAACCUGAAGGGCGGGCCUUUUUCCAACGUGACUGCCAACGUCUCAACCCCUCUGAACAAUGGAAGGAUGUAUUUUGCAUGGGUGGAAUAUUUUCCCGCGGAGGCAGAGAGCUUGAAGGUGUUUCUCGCAUCGGCGUUCAGUGCUCGCCCGGACGAGCCUGUGCUGUCCAUGAACCUCUCUCUGUGUGACGUCCUGAAGCCUACGCGAGCGUUAUCGUCGUUCUACUUUGGCUUUGUGGCCGCGACACGGGCUACGCUGAGCCCCCACCGCUUCCAGAUGAAAGAAGUAAGCUGCUGCGGCUCCCUGCCUGCAGCUACCGAACUGGAUGUUAAUGUAUGUCGUUCUGCUGCAUUCAAUCCACCCCAUCGUUUCCAACCCCUCGCUCCCACGCCCCCUGCUGCUGCGCCCUGCCUGCCUGCAGCCACAGGCCUGAACGUGGAUGUGGAGAUGUUCCGUCCCAACACGACGAGCCCCUUCACACGCUACGUGAGCGCGGGGUACGGCGGCGCGCAGGAUGAGCAGGACUCAUGGCGAAUGCCCUCCUACUCCACGUGGACCGUCGACCCCCUCUGGCUUCCUGAAGACCAGGGCUCUUCCUGUGAGGGUUGCUGGGCGUAUGCGGUGGUGGCGAGCAUAGAGGCAGCAUACGGCAUUGCGAGUAACAGCAUCAAGUCAUUCCCAUCGCUCUCCAUCGACUCACUUUACCAACUUAUGGAGCUAAAAGGCUGCACCAGCGGCUCUCCCACCAGGGCCUUUGAGGAACUCACCAUCAAGUACCAGGAUCCGGGGUGCUACACAGGCAACCUCAACCACGUUGUACUCGUUACAGGCUUCCUCAUUGCCGGCACCGAUACCAGCCGCCCGACCAUCCCCCCGCCCUUUUGGAAGAUCUGCAACUCGUGGGGCACGCAGUGGGGGGCGAGCGGGUACAUGUACAUGGGGAUAGAGCCUGCGGAUGGCAUCUGCGGCAUCAAUGUGCUGCCCGGCAUCUACCCUGUCAUCCGAACCCCUCGUCUCUUCCCCUCUGCCACAUCAGUACCCAACGACCCUUGCAUGAUCAAGGCGUACAGAUUCCGCGACGAUGCAGCGUCGGUAAUGAACCCCUGUGGCUCAUUCACGUGCCUUGAGAACGGCACCUCUAACAACUGCCUCUGCAAGCCUCCCUUUGUUGAGGCCCCCAACGGCGAUGGCUCUCGCUCCUGUGUCUAUGGUGGGUGCCUCUCGCUCGCUCCUCUCGCUCAUAAGCUCUGCUAUUUUCUGCUUUAA